GCAAGCUGUCUGCCACGUCCUUAUGGGUUUCUCCACUGACAGCUGAAUUUAUGGGAUGGAGAAGAGAGGGGAAGGAUGAGCUGUCCUAAUACACUUCCUGUCCAGGGGCGGACUGACAACUCAUGGGGCCCCCGGGCAAUAGGGGAUCAUGGGGCCCCUGUGUCCUUGCCCAAACUCAAAAAAGCCUAUGAAAAAGGUACUAUGGGCAUCUCAUGGGGCCCCCUACUGACUCCGGGCCCUCGGGCAGUGCCCGAGUUUCCAAAUGGUCAGUCCGCCCCUGUU